AUGGCGUCCUCUUACGGCACUCAUGCCCCGGCUCGGAAACUCAAGGACUCGUGCGACCUGUGUUCAGCCUCCAAGCUGCGUUGCAACAAGCAGAAGCCGACGUGCGCUCGUUGCGCAAGUCUCAACCAACCAUGUUCCUACAGUCCAGCCCGUCGAGCCGGCAGGCCACAUCGUGUGAGGGAGAAGAGCCAGCAGCAAUGCUUGGAGAUGUCAGUUGACAGCACGAUGGGGUCUGUGGGAGAUGGCAGCAAAAGCCGCGAGAUGAGCCUCGAUACGACAUUUCUCUGCAUGCAAUCAAUAAGACAGGAUCAGAGCCAUCCACAGCAACGGCAGCAGCAACGGCAAUCGCAGCAACAACAACAACAGCAGCAGCAAGCAGCUGUACCACCAUCUUGCCAAGCCCCUUAUCAAGAUGCAGGCGGCGGCGACUGUGCCAGAAUUGCCAUCACUAUCUUGGAACAACUAGAUGUCGCCAGACGAAGGGCGGGUCACACAUCCGUCAGCUCAGCAACCACAGACGCAUGCCAGAGGCUUUUAACAAUACUCGUAUGCCCAUGCUCAGAGCAGCCUGGUGUAGCACUCCUCGUGGCAUGCGGAUGCAUCUCUCUCAUGGACACGGUACAUCAUUGCCAUGUCCUCCAGAGUGCGCCAAGUCAGGAGACGUUGACUAGAACAACACCUAGCCCCAGCCCAGAAAAGGAUCUACCUGGUUGGCAUAGGCCGUCAUCUUCCAACAACAACGGCCAGGGAGUCGAGCAGCUGGCAAAGAUUGCCAAGGUCAUCUUGCAGUUCACAGACAGAUACUCGCAAGAGCCAAAGGGCGGUGCAGCAUGGACGCAAACAACAUGGCUGGUGGCCCCGAUUGCAGCAUUGCUUCGAUUCAGAUUGCAGACUGUCACUCAUCAGGCGGCGAAGAGUUUAGUAUUCUAA